AUGUCUUCAAAACACUUAACAAAAGGCAAGUUCUGUGGAACCACCAAGAGUCCAAAACCUUGUGCGCCUUUAUUCGAUGCAAUUUUGCCCUUGAAAUCAAAAGACGAGGAAUUGAUUGAAAAAAUUGGGCCUGCAGAGGGAGUUUUUGCAAAGUGCCUGUUUGGAAGUGAACAAAAAUCCCUAGAACAAUGGGCUAGAGAAUUGGUUGAGGUGCUUCAACCCUUGGAAAACGAAUUAGCAUUGAGAGGGGGCAAAUUUUUUGGAGGUGAACACCCCAACAUGGUUGAUUACAUGCUAUGGCCUUGGGGCGAAAGAGCCAGCACUAUUGCUAUAAAAUACAAAGAAAAACUACCAUUGCAAGACACUCAAAUUCCAACAUUGCGCAAAUGGAGAAAGACUAUGCUUGAGGAUCCAGUAGCAGCAGAGCUUUACCUUGGACCAGAGAUGUUUUGGAAGGUUGCAGAAUGUAAAUUGAAAAAUACAGAACCUAAUUAUGAUUUAAUUUUAAAUAAAAUAUUAAUGGUAUAA